AUGAUGGAGGCAAACAAGACUCUGGUGACCGAGUUUGUUCUCACGGGACUUACAGAGUGUCCAGGGCUGCAGGUCCCCCUGUUCCUGGUGUUCUUGGUCACCUACCUCACCACCGUGUUGGGCAACCUCGGACUGGUGGCUCUCAUCUGGAAGGACCCCCGUCUACACAGCCCCAUGUUCUUAUUCCUUGGCAGCUUAGUCUUUGCAGAUGCUUGUUCUUCAUCCUCGGUGACCCCCAGGUUGCUUGUUAGCAUCUUAGACAAGACUCAAAUGAUAUCCCUCUUUGAGUGCAUGGCCCAGUACUAUUUUUUUGGUUCCAGUGCCACCACAGAGUGUCUGCUCCUGGUGGCGAUGGCCUAUGACCGCUGUGUAGCCAUAUGCAACCCCUUGCUUUACCCAGUGAUGAUGUCCAACAGGCUCUGCGCUUGGCUGAUAAGUGUGUCAUAUGUCACUGGUUUUCUGCAUCCCCUAGUUCAUGUGGGAUUAUUAUCUAGAUUAACCUUCUGCAAGUCCAAUGUAAUACAUCAUUUCUACUGUGAAAUCUUGCCACUAUAUACAAUUUCUUGCAGACCAUCUAUGAAUGCAUUGGUGGUUUUCAUUUUUGCCACUUUUAUACAAGCUUUUACUUUUAUGACCAUCGUAGUGUCUUACAUCCGUGUCCUCUUUGCCAUCCUGAAAAAGAAGUGUGCAAAGGGCAGGAGCAAAGCCUUCUCCAUGUGCAGUGCCCACCUGCUCUCUGUGUGCUUGUUCUACGGCACUCUCUUCUUCAUGUAUGUGCGUCCUGGAUCUGGCCCAGAUCAAUAUCAGGAUAAAAUGUAUUCCCUGUUCUACACAAUUAUAAUUCCCCUGCUGAACCCCUUUAUUUACAGCCUAAGAAACAAGGAAGUCUUAGGUGCCCUGAGAAAAGUGAUAAGGAAAUGGCUUUCAGGAAAACUUUCGUUAUUCUUUCCAUUUUACUCUCUGUUUAAAUAA